AUGGGUGUGAAAGAGCCCUCCCAGGUGUCGCUGGACCGUUGGAGGCAACAGGCCAAAGUGGGAAAUCGGCCCCGGGGGUUGGCUGCCAACCGUCACCCAGUCACCCACACCCAGUCUGUCCCAACAGAGUCUGCAGCCACCACCGGGCUUCAGGGGGUGAGGGGCGUGGCCACAGCAGCCACACCCCCUGCCCGUGAUAGUGGGGUGGGUCAGGCAGCUGCAGAACUGGACAGAACCGAGAAGGACCCACCGCUCAGCUCAGAGCGGCUGCAGGAGGCGGCCCUGGUGGAGAGAAGGCACCCAAAGGGUCCCAGGAGAGGGCGGUCAGAGCUCCAGGGCCAAGACCCAGCCCCCCCCCCCCCCCAGGCGGAAGGCCCCUGGGGGCAGCGGGCAGGACUCCAGCCUCCACGGGGACCAGCGCGGGUGGAGGCUCCCCAGGCCUGGAGGUGCGCGGUCCAGGCUGAGCCGCGGCACCAGAGGGGCUGGACCGGGUGGGACUUGGGGACACUUCUGGCUCCACAUGGAGGAGUUUCCAAGGAACCUGGGCUCCCGCCUCGGGGUGUCAGACGUGACUUUCCCGGGGAUCCCACCUCCACUGUGGAAUCCAGAAAUCUUCCGACACAGACUGGAGGCCAUCGCCGGUGCCAUCGCCGGUCGUCCGCAUGCCGUCCUGCGCGGGCUGCUGCCUGCCAGCUGCGCAGCCUCGGGCCCGGCCACCUCUCAGCUCCCUACUGGCCAGGCUGUAGGGAGCCUGUGGAAGUUCCUGACAAGAGGACAAGCUCCGGCAAGUCUCCGGCCAAGGACAGAGGAGCUCUUCGUUUCCGGGGCCUCCGCGUGACUGCUGUCCAAGCUCUUCCUUCUCCAAAACGAGAAACCAAGUCGCCUCUCCAGCACUUGGAGACCGAUCUCUUUCAAACGAACGUCCCGAGAAGCGACUCCCUGGAGCAGGAAGGGGGCCUGCCAGGAGCAGGGCCCAUGGACGCCCAAAGGCAGGGGCCCUGGUCCAGCGGCCCUGGUCCUGCUGCGCGGGCCCCUCUGCUGCAGGCCGCCCAGGAUGGGGUCCCUGCAGCCUCACCCCCGUCCCCAGCUUGCCCCGUCCCUCGGCCACAGCCUUCCCUGGGGUGGGACUGGGGACUUGGGGACAUGCCCAUCUGCCCGUCCUGAGACCGUCCAGGGCAGGACUUUUCCCAGGCCACACAGACAGGGAGAGGAGCCAGGUCAUCCUGGGUCCAGCGCCUGGGCAUCUCCACCCAGGUCCCCGGCAGAGCCCGGAGGCUUCCUGGAGGAGGCGGCUUCCACAGAGGGUGGGAGGGGGCUGCACUGGGCGGCAGGAGGAAGGGACGGAG